GGGUGCAGCAGCAGCCUCGCUCGGAGUGAUCUGUUGGGACCGCGCCGGACUGAGCCUGAUUUUCUCCUGCAGGAAGAGAAUCACAUGAUAAACCUCAGGCUAUAAACACAAAACUCCCAAGACUUGUUAACUGUUCUGCUCAAAAGGUUUACCUAGCUGGCCCUCUGUCUUGACACAAGAAGUGUCUGAGCUGCUAGAGGAUCUGAAAGGAAGGAAAGUCCCUGGUCUUGAUAUUACAGUUCCAGAGAUUUUGAAAUUCCAUAUUGACUGGUGGGCCCCUAUCCUGGCUACUGUUUUUACCCAAGCAAAUAACUCAGGUGUUGUGGGUUUUGGAUGUAGCCUCAUAAGCUUUUCUGUGAGGGAGGGAGCAUGAUCACCUUCAUGAACAACUCUGACAGUGAGGAGGAAACCUGCAAUGAGAGGACAUCCCUAAUGUCAGCUGAGAGCCCCCUUGUACCUUCUUACCAUGAUGGGAUGCAAGCUCCUGAAGCAGUUGAACAUCACACACACAAGAAAAGACGCUCUGGUAGCAGUCACAGCUCUAACAAAGCUGCCGAUGGCAAUGUUUCUGACUCAGAGAGAGUUCCAGAAGAACGUAUUGUCCUGGAUAAUGAAGAGGAAGAACUGACCUUAAAAUAUGGAGCAAAACAUGUGAUCAUGCUGUUUGUGCCUGUCACGCUGUGCAUGAUUGUAGUUGUUGCAACCAUAAAGUCAGUGCGUUUCUAUACUGAGAAGAAUGGUCAGCUGAUUUAUACCCCAUUUACCGAAGACACACCCAAUGUAGGCCAGCGUCUCUUGAACUCUGUGUUGAACACCAUCAUCAUGAUCAGUGUGAUAGUAGUAAUGACAAUCUUCCUGGUUUUGUUGUAUAAAUAUCGGUGCUACAAGUUCAUUCAUGGCUGGCUGAUUCUCUCAUCUCUGAUGCUGCUGUUCUUGUUCACCUACAUCUAUCUUGGUGAAGUGCUCAAGACGUAUAAUGUGGCUAUGGAUUACCCUACCUUGUUCUUCCUCAUUUGGAAUUUCGGAGCUGUGGGGAUGAUUUGCAUCCACUGGAAAGGGCCCUUGCAGCUCCAGCAAGCUUAUCUCAUCGUGAUCAGUGCCUUGAUGGCUUUGGUUUUCAUUAAAUACCUGCCGGAAUGGUCAGCCUGGGUUAUUCUAGGAGCUAUCUCUGUUUAUGACUUGAUGGCUGUUUUAUGUCCGAAAGGGCCACUUAGAAUGUUGGUGGAAACAGCACAAGAGAGAAAUGAGCCAAUAUUUCCUGCGCUUAUUUAUUCUUCUGCUAUGAUGUGGACGGUAGGAAUGGCAAAACCAGAUCUGGGUCACAGAGGAUCUGCUGAGCAAACAUGGGAUCUAGCUGAGGCACGAGAGGAUCCUGAGAGUUCUUCAUAUGCCAACCCUGAAAUUCCAGAGAGGAGAAAUUCAACGGCAAACCAUUCAGUCAAUUCUCCCCCGGAAGACCCAGAGGAGGAAGAACGAGGUGUCAAGUUAGGCCUUGGAGACUUCAUAUUCUACAGUGUACUUGUGGGGAAAGCAGCGGCCACUGCUAGCGGUGACUGGAAUACAACUCUGGCUUGCUUUGUAGCCAUCCUCAUAGGUUUGUGUUUAACUCUUUUAUUGCUGGCUGUGUUCAAAAAAGCAUUACCUGCCCUUCCUAUCUCCAUCACCUUUGGCCUGAUCUUCUACUUCUCAACAGACAACCUUGUGCGACCUUUCAUGGACACACUUGCGUCUCAUCAGUUGUAUAUUUAAAAAUGGAGGGGAGGAGAAAGAGAAGCUGAAGGGAUCCUCCUCAAAAAUCUUGCUGUGCAACAGGACAAUCUUAAAUGGAUGAAAUUCCUUCGGGUUUUUCACUUAGUGCCAUAUAUUUUUUCAGAAAACUUUUAAGAGCAAAUAUGUGAGCCUUACUGAAACUUGACAGUCAGGCCUUUCAAAUGCCAGCGCUGAAACUCCUCCCUCCACAGAGGAAGAAGAAGUAGAGUUUGAUAGAUCUCCAGUCAGAGUAGGCAGCCCCAGCACCCAUUCCAAGUAUCCCGUGUCAACCCAAUUUGCGUGGCAUAUAUGUUUAAUUCUUUGCCCAAGGGGCUGAGGCCAUCCCGAGAUUCUAGCAGUGCUGGUUGGUGCUUUCCCAGUGCACCUCAUUUUCCUCAUCUCUUUUCCUCACUCAUUUCUUCUGUCCCCACUCACAUCAACAUGUUCACGUAGACAGAACUGCAAGUGCUGUCUUAUGUCCUAAUUGUUACUUGUGGCUUGGAGAUUCAUUUUGAUUAUGAUGAUGUGCAUGUGGUGGGUGAUAGUGGAUUAAAGGCUUUGAUUAUCACCAUUAUAUAUUUGGACGAGGGUAUGACUGGCUGUUCUUCCAUGACAGUGAGAAGAUCACUGAUUGGCUGAAUUUAUGGCCCUUUUCCUUUUCAUUACCACUGAGUAGAAAAUGGAGGGGUGGUAUCUAGCCAACUCUUGCUGGAGAUAGAAUUACGACUAAGUAGGAUUUUGAUCUGACUUAACAAGAUACUUCUUAUUUUACUAUAAUGAGCUGUGACUGAAUGGAAAAUCCUUAGUCUUUGAGCACAUAAAAUGUUUCCCUUCCCCAUGCUACAAACUCCUUUCUAAUUCCACUGACAAUCAUGUCAUUGCAUGCAUGUCCUUUUUGCUCAAGAUCAGCUGAAGAAAUGCAUUUUGGUUACAGGGAGAAACUGUAACAGAACUUGCUAUGUCAGAGUAUUUUCUUUCAGUAUUUAAAGCGCUUAUCAAUGCUUUAUGUAGAGCUGCUAUUAAUACUGAUAAAAUGUAAACACCUGAGCCUCCUGCUGGUCAUAACAUGAAUUUGUGGUUAAGAAAACUAAAUCAAGACCCUAAAGAUUUAGGUUUUCCACUCUAGGAGGAUGUGGCACAUUCUGGCUCUUUUAGGGGGAAAUCUGUAGGGUUAAUUGCUAUGAUAAACCUGCAACGCAGUGAAAAAGCCUAACAUUUAACUUUCCACUGUUGGAUUUACUCUUGUAACAUAUAUAAACAAUUUCCUCUGCUUCAUAAAUAAGUGCUGUGAACUUCUUAGCCAAAAAUUCUUAGGUUUGACUGUCCUUUUUUUUUUGCAGUGUUCAAAGUGUUUUUUUAAAUGCCUAACUUAGAAAUACUGUGUAAAUAUUUAACGUAAGAGUAAACUAUUUUGGAAAUAUUAUUGUUUGUAUCAGAAUGUAUACAGCAGAUUCAAAGCUGAACCUCUACAUUAAUCUAAGUGAGGAAGAACUGAUGCUCCAAAUAUUUCAAGGCUAGAAUGUGACCCUGAAAAUGCCCCUCCUCUUUUUACCAGCAGAAACUUCAUUUAUCUGUCAUCUUAGCUCCUGUUUUGAGAUGUGAUCUGCUUCCCAAAACCUGUGAGAAUGGUAUUCUCCUCUCCAGUUGAAAGGAAGCCUCUAAAAACUGGAUGCAACAAAAUAAGGGAACAAAUCUCCGUUUUCUCUUGAAGACCAAUCUACUGGAAAGUCCUUUUGUGCAAGCCCCAAUGGAAUUAAUUUCAAUGGGAUUGUAAAGGAAAACUUAACUGGAGCUAGAUUUUCAUCUCGCCUCUUUUAUGCAGGCCCGUCUUGUCCUUUGGCCUUGGCCCUGCAUAUCUAAGGGACCGUCUCUCCCUAUAUCGCCCUUCUAGGCCCCUCCGUUCAUCGGAGGCGGACCUACUGGUGAUCCCUGGCCCCAAGGCGAUCCGG